CCUACAAACAAACAAACAAACAAAUCUCAGAGAUGCACGUCGUUCUGCACUUUGACGUCAACAAGACGGUCGUGAUGGACGACGCUGCUGGAUCCAAGGACUUUAUUGACAUCCUGAACGAGGUCCUGGCCGAGUCGUGCUGGGGCCGAGUGGCAUUGAACGGACGGGGAGCACCGACUUCUGCCGAUCCUGCGACUGAUCCCGCGCCGCCAGCGAGCUCACCCAAGCGCAAGUCAAGCAGGACGGAAUCCAUGGCCAAAGCGGCGGAGGUGGCGCCGGUCGCAUCGACGUGGACAAUCUUGGCAGAUUGCGAGAUUCAAUCCGAGUCACCAGAGCCAGACAAUCCGGCCGUCAUGAAUUACAGCGACUAUGUCCACAAGAUCCUGUAUCCAAUGAGCGAGAUCAGGAAGGACGACGCGUCGCCGCAGGAUUUCGAGGCACAGCUCGCAGACACCAAGGCGACCAAGCUCAAGCGCGCGGAACUGAUCACCAGAUUCACGCAGAGGGGCCAGCCGGGCCAUGCACUCGCCAGCAAGAUUGAAGAGCUCGAUGCUGCGCUGACGGCGUCGGCAUCGUCAUCGUCGUUGUCCCCGGAGAGCGAUGCAACGGCCCCUCGCAGAAUCACCCGCAAGCGAGCGCACGAACCCGAGCGCUACGUGCUCGUCCCUGCGUUCCUGGAUCUGCUCGUGUUUCUUGACAAGCAUCGUCUGUUCCAUAGCCAGGCUCCCGCUGAGUUGGACGCCGGCGGCAACGAUCCAAGAGGCACAACAUUUAGCAUUGCGUUUCGCACGUUCGGCGACGACAUUCAGCGCAUCAUUCAAGACUUGAAUCGCUUUUGCGAAGGCCGCCAUCCCAUGUAUCCGCAGGUCCGAUUGGAUGGGUCGAAUGGUUCUGCGGACUUACGGAUCCUGAAUAAUGACGCGGUCGGCUGCUUUUAUCGAUGCGGACCAUCGUCGGAUGACUCGUAUCUGAUUCAGGGCACGAUCGAAAAGCCACCGCGGAUGGCAGCGGGCAUCCAACAUUACGCUGACAACCAUCCCGGCUUGCCAGUGAUCCAAGGAUUUGCGGCGAUUCAUGCGGCGAUUGGCGCGCUAGUAUGCACGCAUUCAUGCAUUGCGCUGCGUGACUACUUUGAGUGGUGGAGCGCGAACAGAGAGAGUAUUAGCUCGGGCAAGCUGUUGCUGGUUGGCGACGACUUGCCGUUCGAAAGCAUGUUUUUCGAUGACAAUUUCCGUGACGACGAGAAAGGCCAUAUCAAGAACAUUGUUGAUGUUCGAGACAUGGCAACCGAGGAGGCCGUUCACGUCUCAGAGAGCAUCAACCGCCACGUAUUUACGGUCAAGCCGUUCGGAGUGAUUACCGACCGCCGUUACUUUAUCCGCCGCGUCUGCCAGCGUUUCGACCUGACGAACGUUGCGUGAAUGGCUCUGCUUCGAGUCUUGACCCUGAGCAUGGCCUGCAUCACGAGUUAGGAGUUAGGUGUGCCAAGAAAUGGAUGCUCAAGUAUCUUUUUAACUUACGAGGAUAGUGAAGCAUGAGGACGGCGGGAGGAGGGGGGGGGGAAGGGUUUCAAGGCCGGCCCCCUUUUGCCAGCCUGCAUUAUACUCCUUGUACUUGUCCCCUCUCAAUGCCAACCCUUGUCUCCUUCUCGCAGUACCGUAUUACAGUAUUAAUCCCCCCCCCCUCCCUGCCGUCCUCUUUGUUGUUUGUCUGAAAUUCUCAGUCCCAACUCCUAAAUCCACCCCACUUCGUCCACU